GGAGAGGAGGGAGGAAAACUACAGCUCCCAGCAGCCUGCCUGGGCAGCCGUGGAAGGGCAGGGUUCACCCUCGCGCCGACAGCAGCGGAGGAUUUAGGGCGCGUUCGGGAAAAGGGCUGUCCAGCCGAGCCAAAGGGCCUCCGGGAAGGACAAGCCCCGGGGCCAUCGCUGGCCACCUCGCUGCUUCUCUUCACAGCCCCAACCGGCUCCAGCCCUGCCCAGGUGUUCAGCUGCAGUUCCUGAGGCCAACGCAGGAUGGUGGCCCUGCUGGGGGUAGGACUUGGUCAGCCACCCCACCAGCAGGGAGACAAAUCCCCACACAAGCAAAGCAGAAAGUGAAGUAAAAGGUGCUGGGACCCCACAGGAGAAAGAAAAUGGAAAAGAAUCCAAGUGUGGACCUGCCUGGAGCCGUGCUGGCCCAAGACAAAAUGGACAGCAAAGGAGACAGCAGUGUCCUCCAGGAAACUCAGGAGGACCUGGAGAUAAGCAGGCAAUGUGAAAGCUCCUGCACAGCAGAGGAAGAUGCUUUAUCAAGAAGCAAGUCACUGAGCUCUGAGAGUAAAAUGACACAUUCAGAUAUGAACGCCACAGAAGAUGUCACCGAGGGCCUCUCAGCAGAGGAGAGCACCAGCGUCCCUCUCCUAGGUCAGGAGCCAGGAGAGCACACGGAGCAAGAAACACAGGAAAGGGAAUCCUCAAGCACAUUAAGGAGCAGACAUGGGACAAAAGCCGGGCCAGCCCAAGGUGAGGUGGAGAGCACAGCAGAGCAUCCUGCACACCAGGAGCCCCCCAAACAAACACUUGAGCACCAAGUGACGAGUAGGUGUCCUGAGACCUCCUGCAAACCAGAGGAGGACUCUUCAGUGAGUAAUCCACCAACUGCUUUUGGGGAAGAGGUGAAGCUUUCAGAGUUAGCUGACCCCACAGUGGAGGAGAAGGUUCCUCAAGGAACUGCAGCAUCACUGGAAGAAUCUGUGGAGACGAGAGAUGGUGUCUCAGAAAGACCUCAGGAAGAAGAUGACUCGGACAGAGCCGUGCUGGCCCAAGACAAAAUGGACAGCAAAGGAGACAGCAGUGUCCUCCAGGAAACUCAGGAGGACCUGGAGAUAAGCAGGCAAUGUGAAAGCUCCUGCACAGCAGAGGAAGAUGCUUUAUCAAGAAGCAAGUCACUGAGCUCUGAGAGUAAAAUGACACAUUCAGAUAUGAACGCCACAGAAGAUGUCACCGAGGGCCUCUCAGCAGAGGAGAGCACCAGCGUCCCUCUCCUAGGUCAGGAGCCAGGAGAGCACACGGAGCAAGAAACACAGGAAAGGGAAUCCUCAAGCACAUUAAGGAGCAGACAUGGGACAAAAGCCGGGCCAGCCCAAGGUGAGGUGGAGAGCACAGCAGAGCAUCCUGCACACCAGGAGCCCCCCAAACAAACACUUGAGCACCAAGUGACGAGUAGGUGUCCUGAGACCUCCUGCAAACCAGAGGAGGACUCUUCAGUGAGUAAUCCACCAACUGCUUUUGGGGAAGAGGUGAAGCUUUCAGAGUUAGCUGACCCCACAGUGGAGGAGAAGGUUCCUCAAGGAACUGCAGCAUCACUGGAAGAAUCUGUGGAGACGAGAGAUGGUGUCUCAGAAAGACCUCAGGAAGAAGAUGACUCGGACAGAGCCGUGCUGGCCCAAGACAAAAUGGACAGCAAAGGAGACAGCAGUGUCCUCCAGGAAACUCAGGAGGACCUGGAGAUAAGCAGGCAAUGUGAAAGCUCCUGCACAGCAGAGGAAGAUGCUUUAUCAAGAAGCAAGUCACUGAGCUCUGAGAGUAAAAUGACACAUUCAGAUAUGAACGCCACAGAAGAUGUCACCGAGGGCCUCUCAGCAGAGGAGAGCACCAGCGUCCCUCUCCUAGGUCAGGAGCCAGGAGAGCACACGGAGCAAGAAACACAGGAAAGGGAAUCCUCAAGCACAUUAAGGAGCAGACAUGGGACAAAAGCCGGGCCAGCCCAAGGUGAGGUGGAGAGCACAGCAGAGCAUCCUGCACACCAGGAGCCCCCCAAACAAACACUUGAGCACCAAGUGACGAGUAGGUGUCCUGAGACCUCCUGCAAACCAGAGGAGGACUCUUCAGUGAGUAAUCCACCAACUGCUUUUGGGGAAGAGGUGAAGCUUUCAGAGUUAGCUGACCCCACAGUGGAGGAGAAGGUUCCUCAAGGAACUGCAGCAUCACUGGAAGAAUCUGUGGAGACGAGAGAUGGUGUCUCAGAAAGACCUCAGGAAGAAGAUGACUCGGACAGAGCCGUGCUGGCCCAAGACAAAAUGGACAGCAAAGGAGACAGCAGUGUCCUCCAGGAAACUCAGGAGGACCUGGAGAUAAGCAGGCAAUGUGAAAGCUCCUGCACAGCAGAGGAAGAUGCUUUAUCAAGAAGCAAGUCACUGAGCUCUGAGAGUAAAAUGACACAUUCAGAUAUGAACGCCACAGAAGAUGUCACCGAGGGCCUCUCAGCAGAGGAGAGCACCAGCGUCCCUCUCCUAGGUCAGGAGCCAGGAGAGCACACGGAGCAAGAAACACAGGAAAGGGAAUCCUCAAGCACAUUAAGGAGCAGACAUGGGACAAAAGCCGGGCCAGCCCAAGGUGAGGUGGAGAGCACAGCAGAGCAUCCUGCACACCAGGAGCCCCCCAAACAAACACUUGAGCACCAAGUGACGAGUAGGUGUCCUGAGACCUCCUGCAAACCAGAGGAGGACUCUUCAGUGAGUAAUCCACCAACUGCUUUUGGGGAAGAGGUGAAGCUUUCAGAGUUAGCUGACCCCACAGUGGAGGAGAAGGUUCCUCAAGGAACUGCAGCAUCACUGGAAGAAUCUGUGGAGACGAGAGAUGGUGUCUCAGAAAGACCUCAGGAAGAAGAUGACUCGGACAGAGCCGUGCUGGCCCAAGACAAAAUGGACAGCAAAGGAGACAGCAGUGUCCUCCAGGAAACUCAGGAGGACCUGGAGAUAAGCAGGCAAUGUGAAAGCUCCUGCACAGCAGAGGAAGAUGCUUUAUCAAGAAGCAAGUCACUGAGCUCUGAGAGUAAAAUGACACAUUCAGAUAUGAACGCCACAGAAGAUGUCACCGAGGGCCUCUCAGCAGAGGAGAGCACCAGCGUCCCUCUCCUAGGUCAGGAGCCAGGAGAGCACACGGAGCAAGAAACACAGGAAAGGGAAUCCUCAAGCACAUUAAGGAGCAGACAUGGGACAAAAGCCGGGCCAGCCCAAGGUGAGGUGGAGAGCACAGCAGAGCAUCCUGCACACCAGGAGCCCCCCAAACAAACACUUGAGCACCAAGUGACGAGUAGGUGUCCUGAGACCUCCUGCAAACCAGAGGAGGACUCUUCAGUGAGUAAUCCACCAACUGCUUUUGGGGAAGAGGUGAAGCUUUCAGAGUUAGCUGACCCCACAGUGGAGGAGAAGGUUCCUCAAGGAACUGCAGCAUCACUGGAAGAAUCUGUGGAGACGAGAGAUGGUGUCUCAGAAAGACCUCAGGAAGAAGAUGACUCGGACAGAGCCGUGCUGGCCCAAGACAAAAUGGACAGCAAAGGAGACAGCAGUGUCCUCCAGGAAACUCAGGAGGACCUGGAGAUAAGCAGGCAAUGUGAAAGCUCCUGCACAGCAGAGGAAGAUGCUUUAUCAAGAAGCAAGUCACUGAGCUCUGAGAGUAAAAUGACACAUUCAGAUAUGAACGCCACAGAAGAUGUCACCGAGGGCCUCUCAGCAGAGGAGAGCACCAGCGUCCCUCUCCUAGGUCAGGAGCCAGGAGAGCACACGGAGCAAGAAACACAGGAAAGGGAAUCCUCAAGCACAUUAAGGAGCAGACAUGGGACAAAAGCCGGGCCAGCCCAAGGUGAGGUGGAGAGCACAGCAGAGCAUCCUGCACACCAGGAGCCCCCCAAACAAACACUUGAGCACCAAGUGACGAGUAGGUGUCCUGAGACCUCCUGCAAACCAGAGGAGGACUCUUCAGUGAGUAAUCCACCAACUGCUUUUGGGGAAGAGGUGAAGCUUUCAGAGUUAGCUGACCCCACAGUGGAGGAGAAGGUUCCUCAAGGAACUGCAGCAUCACUGGAAGAAUCUGUGGAGACGAGAGAUGGUGUCUCAGAAAGACCUCAGGAAGAAGAUGACUCGGACAGAGCCGUGCUGGCCCAAGACAAAAUGGACAGCAAAGGAGACAGCAGUGUCCUCCAGGAAACUCAGGAGGACCUGGAGAUAAGCAGGCAAUGUGAAAGCUCCUGCACAGCAGAGGAAGAUGCUUUAUCAAGAAGCAAGUCACUGAGCUCUGAGAGUAAAAUGACACAUUCAGAUAUGAACGCCACAGAAGAUGUCACCGAGGGCCUCUCAGCAGAGGAGAGCACCAGCGUCCCUCUCCUAGGUCAGGAGCCAGGAGAGCACACGGAGCAAGAAACACAGGAGAGGGAAUCCUCAAGCACAUUAAGGAGCAGACAUGGGACAAAAGGACAUGCAGCUCCACAGCCAGAGGCUCAGCCAUGCUUGCAGAGCGUCACCAGUCAAAAUACAGAACAGAAGAAGACUAAAGAGUUCAACUUACUGAAAGGUGAGGAAAAGAAGCUUCCCUUGUGCGUUACUCAUCGACCAGAAGGCCCUGAUCCACCAGGAACAAGACUUGCCAUUCUGGGCCUCGCAUUGCUCGUCUUCUGCAUAUUCUUCUUCAGCAACUCAACUGCCAAGUCCCAGCCGACCCCCAGGAACCCCACAGUGGAGGCCUUCCUGUCCCAUUUCAACGAGCUGCAGGACAAGUUUCCUGGGCAGAAUCCCCACUUGUGGUUUCGCGGGCGCAAGUUCUUGCAGAAGCACCUCAACACAUCCCAGCCCACGCAGCCGGCCAUCAUCAUCCUCAUGGCUGCCCGCCAGGGUGAACGGACCUUGCGGUGCCUUAGCACCCAGGUGGCUGACGCCUACGCGGCCGCCCUGCAUGCCAGCACGGUGCAGAUCGAUGGCAGGGAUGUAUCUGAGCUCCAGAGUGACGAGGCCAAGCUGAACAUGGACUCAGAGCUCAGUUCAGCUUUCCAGGCUGGGUACCGUGCUGCGGUGAUACACCGCUUCGAGCUGCUGCCGGCAGGGGCCACCCUCAUCUUCUACAAGUACUGCGACCACGAAAGUGCUGUUUUCAAGGACGUGGCCCUGCUGCUGACAGUGCUGCUGGAGCAGGAGGCGCUGGAGACCCAGAUCAGCCUCCAGUGGGUGGAAGAGAGGGUCCGCGACUUCCUCUGGGCCAAGUUCACCAGUGCCAGGACCCCCAGCUCCUACGACCACAUAGACUCUGACAAGAUGAGUGGGCUGUGGAGCCGCAUCUCCCACCUGGUGCUACCAGUCCAUCCGGUGCAGAACAUUGAGAAGGGGGGCUGCCACAUCCACACCAAAACCUAGGGACAGAGGCUGCCAGAGUCCUGGGAAGGACUGGAAAGCCAGUCCUGGCCAGCCCCGGUGCAGGCAGAGACACAAAUGAACAAGGAAUUCACUUCGUAACACCCCUGUGCUAUUUCUCUACAAUUUGUUUCCCAUUCUUCCUGGGAAGAGUUCGACAGGUACAAAUUGAUCCAGGCCUUUUGGCUAGCUAAGGUAAUAGACUGUAUGCUUCCUUCUGACAGGUGGGAAGAGCUGAUAUUUUAGACUGCUAGUUGCACAGGAGCACAUUUCAAUGUGGGGAGGCAGGAGGAAAAACAGUGCUGUGCAGGAAGUGGAACAAAGGAAGGUCAAACUCCCUAAACCCAACAUAUUGAAGUCAUGCUUCAAAAAGAAAAUCAGUUUGCUAGUCAAGGGUUUGACCAGUCAGUCCUGAUACAGCUCCACUGACUGAUUUAAACCCAAAGGCCAGAUCCUAAAUGCCAUCUGUUCAAACAAACCUGCAAUCCAGAAUUCCUCCAAACGUCAAUUACAAAAAAAUUAAAGUUGUCAGCACUUAAACACUACACAAAAACAGGGGAAUCCCCCACACAGAGCGGCCCUUAUGCCAUUCUGAAAACAAAAAACAAUGAAACACAAACCACUUCAUUAUCGCUCUAAUGGUGCGAAGCCUCAAGGGAUCACACAGGUAAAGGAAUGAGUAAUAGAGUUUAACUUAAUGCUACCUUUUAAAAGAGUUCAGUUGUGAUCCAUUUGCCACCACAGGGCUACAAGCAUCUCUUUGGGCUGAUGCAUCAGCCUUGGUCCUACAUGGUUCCUCUUCACCCAGGUAUCUGAUCUGCACUUAGGGCUGGAAGCCAUCGGAGGCAUCUCUAAGGCAUUUCCCUGCACAGAAGGUGAGCCCUCGGGGUCAAGACAGGAGCGAGCUGUCAAAAUGCCCCCUCAUGCCCCUCCACGGCUUUUCCAGGGUGGUUCCUCACGCACUAGGCCUUGCCCAGGGACCGUGAGUGUUUGCAGUCCAGCAGUUCCCUGGCUUGCUUUCUGUGAUUCUGCCUGCCCCUCCCCAGCUAACUUUUAUUGAUGAAUGUAGAUGAUAACACUGAUAUUUAUUUCAGACCAGGUAAGGCAGCAUACCAGGCCCUUGCCCACCAAAGGUACAUUUCCCUUCCUGCCAGGCAGGUGGUGCUCUGGCUGCUAUUAGAGCAACUGGGAGCAGAGCUGAUACCAACUAGUAAAGACAAAAUCUCUGGCAUGAACACCAGAAACCCUUAAGCAGGCUGGUUUCUUACCGUACCUCCUCUUCUGCACCCCAAGGAGGGAAAGCCAAGUCCUGCAAAUGCUGUGGCCCUGCACGCUGAAUCACUGCAGGAGUGCUGGGGCAGAGCUGCUAACUCAGGGAGCACCUAGGAGCAGGCACAGGUUGAAGUAUUUAUAAUAACCCAGCAGCCUGCCCCAAGUGUCAGCCCCUCGUGCCUACAAUCCUGCCUGCUGGAGCACAGCACAGCUUGCUUCUGUACAGACAGCACAGACUGAAGCCUUGCAGAGGCUGAGUCUGCAUCUGAACAAGACACAAAUCGAGAACAGGUCGCUGUUUUUACAAGCAGUGCAUCUGAGUUCUCUGGACCCCCAUGUCGGCCGGGUCUCCUGCCAACGGUGCCUUGCUGAUCUGCCCAGCUGCUGGCUCAGCUGUUCAUGCCAGUGCCUGAAAUCACAGCCCGUCUCUUCUGUCCUCCGCCACGUGCCUUGUCCUCCCAUGGGAGAUUUGUGGCCAUAAACUUGGAGCAGGGGACAAAAAGAAGGAAGAGGGGAUUAUUUGUUCAAAUUGGAACCAAAGAGUAGACAUUUCAUUUCUUUAUGACACCAGGCACAGGAAGACAGGACUUAUGAGGUGUUGCCCACUCUCUCCACACCUGACAGCAUUUUAUCCACUACCCCAAACUUAGUGAUGCUUACCUCCAUUGGAGACAGGGAGCUGAGUUACCCCUGCAGCAUUAGCUGCGGGUUAGACAUGAAGUGUCCCUUUGCAGAAGUUUUAACCAUGCCAAACAGCAGGCUAGACAUGCUGGAGCCCAGCAUCAGCAGACCAGCCUCAGGGCUUGAUUUUGUACAAGAUACCGGUUGCUUCCUCCCCUUCCUCUUUUUUUUUUUUUUUUUUAAACUGCUACCCACUACUUUGGUAACAGAAAACACUGUUUCUGCUCUGCAUGGUUCAGCAUUGGUGCUGAUGUAAGAACUGGCAAAGCAUUAAUCAUGUUAUGAAAAUAUCUUGAAGGAAAUGAGUAUUUUAAAGUUAACUCACUACCAGUUUUAUCUACUGUGUGUAUAAUGCAUAGUCAAGGCAACUUCACGCUGCUUGGGCACCUCACUGUAAACAUCAUCCAGCAAAGCUGUUCUAAUAUAGAUAUAUUUUUAUGACCUUUUAAAGACAAAAAAAAAAGAAAAAAAAUCUGCUUGCUUCUGAAACAAGACUUCUAUUUAAAAAUAAAUGAGAUUGUGUU